AUGUCAUCUUCUGGGGCACCAACAGGCAAAAGACAAAGGGUGAAUUUGGCCUGUAGGUCAUGUCGACAAAGGAAGUCACGGUGUAGUGGCGACCGGCCCUGUAUCUUAUGCCAAGAGCUAGGUUUCGAGUGUGUUUUUCCCGAAGGUGGUACACCAAACAACUUGACGGUCGGGAAAAGCUAUAUCUUACAGCUCGAAACCCGACUUGAAGUCAUCGAAAAGUCCCUCCAACAAUUACAAAAAACGCAAACACCCAGCAUACAAGCUCCUAGAGAUUGUCAUAUCCCCAUGGGCGACACGUGUGUGACUGACAAUUUACACCCUACACAAAGACUGCAGUCUGACGCCGACACACUUGAACCUUCCGGUCAGACUUUGGCUGAGUUUGGGGAUAUUGACAAUUCCCAAAAUUCGAUAGAUGGAAUGGGCGCGAUCAAAUUCACAGAUGAAAAAGAUUGUGGGUUUUUUGGGCCUUCGUCUAAUAUCUCUUUUUUGCAAUACAUUUCUCAAGCGGUGGCAACAGCAAAUUCUCAGGGCAGAUCCAUGUUUGCUACAUCUCCACUAGAACAAAGGCGACGGGGCAUAGUGAAUGUUUCUAAGCCUGCGUUUUGUCCUGCCGGUUCUACUGACUUGAAAUUAACCACCUUUAUUCCAGGACGAGUGGACAUGUACGCAUUGCCAUCAGAGGAACGCACUUGGGAUUUGAUCCAGCAAUUUUUCCAGAAAACGGGGCAGCUUCUGCCAUUCAUCCACGAAAGCUCAUUCUGUGAGACAUAUCUUCAGAUGAAGAGAGAAAAUUCCAAAGGGGUUCGCAGGACCUGGCUCGGCUUGCUCAACAUCAUACUCGCUAUCUCAACGAGUUUGUCGGCGAAGGAUAAUAUCCCGGCGGAAAUCCGCAUACAACAAUCCGACAUCUACUACCAAAGGGCCAAUAGCCUUUGCGACAGAGAAUCUAGACGCAAUGCAAGCCUGGAGAUGGUGCAAUACCUGCUUAUUCUAGGCCAGUAUCUCCAAGGAACUCAGAAAUCUGUUCAAGCAUGGACGACACAUGGUUUGGCCAUCUCUGUUGCGUACCAGCUCGGGUUGCACUCGCCACAUGCAAACCAAGGGUUCUCUUCUUUGGAGUGUGAGAUUCGCAAACGAACUUGGUUUGGUUGUAUACUUCUUGAUCGUUCCCUUAGUAUGACUUUUGGACGUCCUUGCACUAUUCCGGAGUCAUACGUCAAAUUGAAAAUGCCUUCUGCUGACAUGCAGAUACUGGCUUCGACCACCGAGGCGAGGAAUUCCUCUCAGUUGGACGGUCUUUUCUUCACAGCUGCCAUCAUUAUGUUCAGCGUCUUGGAUUCUUGUUAUGGCCAAAACCUUGGGUUUGAGGCUCCUUUCAACGCUGCCGAGUCAACCUCGUGUCUCCUGAAAUGCCAACUUCAGUUGAACAGCUGGCGUCUUCAAUUGCUGCCAUCAUUGGGAUUCCAAGUUUGGGAUGGUCCGAUGGAAGCGGAUGACGUGGAGAAGAUGGGGGAAGACUCUAUACUGAAACACCGAUUCAACAUCGUUCUCUCUAUGCGCUACAACAACCUCAAAAUACUGCUUCAUCGUCGCCGUCUAGAAAGUUUUAUGGAAACCUCCUCAGCUGCUGAACCUAUAACAAGUCAGGACAUGAAACUACUUGGCCAGAUGGAUCUCGGUAGUGUUGAAAGCUGCAUUCAGUCCGCCAUAUCCAUCAUUUCUACAGUACAUAGCAUCUUGACCUCCAACGCCUGGCGGCGCGAGCUUCUGGGCGCAUGGAAUUAUUCCCUCUAUUACACAUUUAAUGCGGCACUGGUCAUUUUUGGGUCACUUAUUGUGGCUCUCAAAAAGCGCGAAUAUGAUAUGACACCAUGGAAUGUUGUUGGCCAUUCUCGACCUUAUACCGAUCGAGCGAUUGAUGCGCUCCGCCGACUUGAUUCUGGCAACCGCGUUGUCGGAAGUUGUGUGGAAUACCUUUCCCAUCUUUCGUUGGUCCUUAAUGCUCUGGUCGCACAACGACACUACCAGUGCCCCUCAAUAGAAGAAUUCCAAAUGUAUCAGUUUUCAAUUUAUAUUAUGUUUAUUCCUAUGCUGGAAGCUGAAUUAGCCAUGGUAGCACCCUGGAAGUGUAUCUUAUAUGCCCCUCCGGCUCUUCACCGAGGCUUUUGCAACUCUCUAUAG